CCCCUCCCCAAUAUCCCGCGCGGAUAAGCCCUGAUGUUCUGCACUGCCUCCCUGCACAUCAUUCCCCGACAUCCAUCCGUGUGCCAGCAUGGGGGGUCGGCGACCAGCGCGGUGAGCGGGGUUGGGGCUGUGGGCGCCCCGCGUCGGAGGGAUGGGGUCCCCCCAGGGGUAUCGAGCUUCGUGGUGGACGUUCCUCUUGCACCAGGCGCCGCACAUCAACUUCCAGUUUGAAGCCGUGGGGAGCGAAUUUGCCCCGGAGGACUGGGGGUACCAGCAGGCACUGCUGUUUCUGGCUAGCGUCUCAGGCCUGUGCUUUGCCAUCAGCCUAGUUCUCAUCUGUGUCUACCUGAUCCGCUUCUGCUGCUGCAGCAACGAAGAUGAGGAGGAAAGCAAGACGCAAAGGGUUUGCUGUGUCACCUGGAGCUGCGUGGCGGCUGUUAUCGUCUGCUGCGCUGGGAUUGGCAUCGGUUUCUAUGGAAACAGCGAGACCAACGAUGGGGUGUAUCAGGUCACAUACUCGCUGCUGAACACCAACCACACACUAAGCUCCAUCGAUGCUCUGGUGUCUGAGACGGUGGAGCUGCUUUCGGCGACUGUACGAGGGGAGCUGACCCAGCUGGAGGAGACACUGUCCCCACGAACUGAGCUGGUGGCCGUGGUGCGGAACACACGCCGCCAGGCAGAGGCAGUAGCGCAAAUGCUGGAUGGCAUCCCUUUCUGGGGUGAGGCACGCAGCACGCCCAGCGUCCUAGCAGAACAAAUUGGCUACCUGGAAGAUUACAGGUGGCUGGCCUACAUUUUGCUGCUGCUGCUGGACCUCAUCAUCUGUCUCUUCACCUUGCUGGGGUUGGCGAAGCAGAUCAAGUGGCUGGUAAUCGUAAUGACUGUCAUGAGUUUCCUAGUCCUCAUCCUGAGCUGGGGCUCCAUGGGGCUGGAGACAGCAGCUGCUGUGGGACUGAGCGAUUUCUGCUUUGAGCCAGAUGGCUAUGUGAUGAACACAACCCAAGCCAGCACUGGACUCAGCCCAGAAAUCCUGCAAUACUACUUAACCUGCAGCCAAGACGUCUUUAACCCUUUCCAGCAGAGGCUCACCAUGUGUCAGAGGGCACUGUCCAACAUACAUUCUCAGCUGUACGGAUUGGAAAGAGAAGCCAUCCCACAUUUCCCAGCAGCUGAGAAAAACAUCUUAUCCAUCCAGAGCACUUUGAACAACACAGAAAGCAAAUUCCAUAACCUUAUUGCUCUGCUCAACUGCCGGGGACUUCAUAAGGACUAUGUGGAUGCCCUGAAAGGGCUGUGCUACGAUGGCAUGGAAGGGCUGCUCUUCCUCCUCCUCUUCUCCUUCCUCUCUGCCCUUUCCUUCACCACUGCCGUCUGCAGUCUUCCCCGGGCGUGGAAGAGGUUCCAGAACAGGGACUCGGACUACGACGACAUGGAGGACGACGACCCUUUCACGCCCCAGGCACGUAGGCAGCCGACGGUGCGCGCGGGGGGGCCCGGGCCCACCCUGCCCGGCUCCUAUAGCCACUGUUCAAGCUGGGGCAGCCGUGGCAGCCUGCGCCUCUCAGCCCCCCCCAUUUCCAACGCCCCCGUCUCACAGUACAUGAGUCAAAGCGCUUCGUACAGUGGCAGUCCUCGAUUUGAGAGCGUCCCCCUCAUCGACCGCCAUUCCCCACCCCCUUCGUAUUCUCCCAGCAUGAGAGCGUCUUACGUCGGUGCUAGCGAAGAAGUGGACCUUCCCUACCGGACCGGAUUCCUGCCCUAGAUGAACCCCAGAAGACCCCGACCCAACCCACCUCCAUGCCAUCCAACUAACACAGAGCAGAUCCCACCCCCAAAACACACACCUCUUUCCAGAGCCGCAACUUGAGGCUAGCCAUGUCGCUGCGUCUUGUCUGCCCCCCCACCCCCCUUCACCUGGAUCUCUUCUUCACUCAUUUCAUUUGCCUGCCUUCUGUAAGAACGCAAGAGAAAAGGAGAGGGGAGCAGUUCUAUCUCAUUCACAUGCAUAUAUAUGAAUUUAUAUAUAUAUAUGAAUAUUAAUGUCCCAUAUGUGAAUAUAUGGGGCAUUAAUAGAAGCAGGAGUGAUGAGUGAGCAAAAGGCCAAGGAAAGGGGAUCAAAGAAGGAGAAUGUAAUAGAAAGAAGGAAAA